GGCGGGGCUCCCAGCGGCCCCUUUGUGUGGGCACCAGUCGCCGGCAGAGCUGUGGAGAAGCAGUCGCCGCCAUUUUGUGCGUGUCUGUGUUUUGCCCCCUCCCCACCCCCCGUUCCGGAGGAGCGGCGGCAGCCGGGACGCUCCCGUCUCUUCUGCUGGUCAGGUGAGGCGAAGCGAAGGCGUUGGAGCCAGGCUGAGGGAGCCAUCGCCGGCGGCUGCCGCAGCCGUGAGGUAGCGCCGUCUGCAGUAAGCGAGGGGGAAGAAGUGGCACGACGGAGAAGGGGGGGAAAAAACCGUCAGAGCUGCCCCCCAACAGGAGGAGGAGUCUCGGCGCCCGGACCAGGCGCAGCCCCGGCACCGGCGGCAGCAUGGAGAACUCGCAGCUAUGCAAGCUGUUCAUUGGCGGCCUCAACGUGCAGACCACGGAGGCCGGGCUGCGGGAGCACUUCGCGGCCUACGGCACCCUCACCGACUGCGUGGUCGUACUCAACCCGCAGACCAAGCGCUCCCGCUGCUUCGGCUUCGUCACCUACUCGGCGGUAGAGGAGGCCGAUGCCGCCAUGGCCGCGUCGCCGCACGCGGUGGACGGGAACGCGGUGGAGCUGAAGCGGGCCGUAUCCCGGGAGGACUCGGCCAAACCGGGGGCUCACGCUAAGGUGAAGAAGCUCUUUGUGGGCGGCCUCAAAGGGGACGUAGGCGAAGGGGACCUUGUGCAGCAUUUCAGCCAGUUCGGCCCCGUGGAGAAGGCCGAGAUCAUCGCCGACAAACAGAGCGGGAAAAAGCGCGGCUUCGGCUUCGUCUAUUUCCAGAACCACGAUGCAGCAGACAAAGCGGCCGUGGUUAAGUUUCACCCGAUCCAGGGCCACCGAGUGGAGGUGAAGAAGGCUGUGCCCAAGGAGGACAUCCAGUCGGGCGGGGGAGGCGGUGGUUCUAGGCCUUCUCGGGGCGGCAGAGGCGGAGGAAGGGGCCGGGGCGGUGGCGGAUCCGGCAACCGGGAUCACAACGGCCUUUCCAAAGGAGGCGGCGGUUACAAUAGUUACGGCGGUUACGGUGGAGGAGGAGGUGGCGGCGGUGGCGGUUACGGCUCCUAUGGCAGCGGUUCUUACGGAGGCGGAGGGGGAGGCGGCGACUACGGCAACGGGGUGCACUUCUGCAUGGAGAGAAACGGAAAGCUGAGCUCUGAAAAGCACACCCCAAAAGUCCACAUUAAGCAGAGUUCUCGAUCCUCUGAGACAGCUGAAGAUGAAAAGGACCAGUGCACAGUGACAGUCAACCCCUCUCACAUGAGAAAAGCAUUCAAGGUCAUGAAUGAAUUGCGAAGCAAACGGCUCCUGUGUGACGUGGUGAUUGUGGCUGAAACCGUGGAGAUGGAAGCGCACCGCGUGGUGCUUGCGGCCUGCAGCCCUUACUUCUGUGCGAUGUUUACAGGAGACAUGUCUGAAAGUAAAGCCAAGAAGAUUGAGAUAAAAGACGUUGAUGGGCAGACCCUGCGGAAGCUCAUUGAUUACAUCUACACUGCCGAGAUCGAGGUCACGGAGGAGAAUGUGCAGGUUUUGUUGCCAGCUGCUAGUUUAUUGCAAUUGAUGGAUGUCAGGAAAAACUGCUGUGAUUUUCUUCAGUCCCAGCUGCAUCCCACAAACUGCCUUGGAAUCCGAGCUUUUGCCGAUGUGCACGCGUGCACCGAACUGCUGCAGCAGGCAAAUGCCUACGCAGAGCAGCACUUCCCUGAGGUGAUGCUGGGAGAAGAAUUCCUUAGCCUUAGUCUGGACCAGGUUUGCAGUUUAAUAUCAAGUGACAAGCUCACAGUCUCCUCUGAAGAAAAGGUCUUUGAAGCGGUUAUUUCUUGGAUAAACUAUGAGAAGGAAUCUCGCUUAGAACACAUGGCUAAACUGAUGGAGCAUGUUCGCCUGCCCCUUUUGCCCCGAGAUUAUCUCGUACAGACAGUUGAAGAAGAAGCUUUAAUCAAGAAUAACAAUACCUGUAAAGACUUCCUUAUCGAGGCCAUGAAAUAUCAUUUGCUUCCUCUGGAUCAAAGGCAACUGAUCAAGAAUCCCAGAACAAAGCCGAGGACUCCCGUUAGCCUGCCAAAGGUGAUGAUCGUGGUGGGUGGGCAGGCACCCAAAGCCAUUCGCAGUGUGGAGUGCUAUGAUUUUGAGGAGGAGCGGUGGGAUCAGGUUGCUGAGCUUCCCUCCCGGAGAUGCAGAGCAGGUGUGGUGUUUAUGGCUGGCAAUGUUUAUGCUGUCGGGGGCUUCAAUGGCUCUUUAAGGGUACGGACGGUUGACGUGUACGAUGGCGUGAAGGACCAGUGGACAUCCAUAGCCAGCAUGCAGGAAAGACGAAGCACCUUAGGCGCAGCCGUGCUCAAUGAUCUCCUGUAUGCAGUGGGCGGCUUUGAUGGCAGCACUGGUCUGGCAUCAGUUGAGGCCUAUAGCUAUAAAACCAAUGAGUGGUUUUUUGUGGCUCCCAUGAACACAAGAAGAAGCAGUGUUGGAGUUGGAGUUGUGGAGGGGAAGCUCUAUGCCGUGGGGGGUUACGAUGGAGCAUCCCGUCAGUGCCUUAGUACCGUCGAGCAGUACAACCCAGCCACCAACGAAUGGACCUAUGUAGCUGACAUGAGCACUCGGCGCAGCGGGGCAGGUGUUGGUGUUCUCAGUGGGCUGCUGUACGCUACCGGGGGGCACGAUGGUCCCUUAGUAAGGAAGAGUGUGGAAGUCUAUGAUCCAGGAACAAACACGUGGAAGCAAGUAGCAGACAUGAAUAUGUGUAGAAGAAAUGCAGGUGUGUGUGCGGUGAAUGGGCUCCUCUACGUGGUGGGAGGAGAUGAUGGUUCCUGCAAUUUGGCCUCGGUGGAAUACUACAACCCCAUCACGGACAAGUGGACGUUAUUACCAACCAGCAUGAGCACAGGGAGAAGUUAUGCAGGUGUGGCUGUGAUUCACAAACCCUUGUGACACACGAUCAAGCCAGUGCGAGGAGCAGAAGCGAAGUGGAACCAUCUGGACGGUGUUGGGAAGAUGACUGACCUCUGACUUGACCCAUCUCAUUGCUGUUAAUGUCUUAGCAUGACCAGUGAUAUGUUCCAAACAUCACCUGCUCUGCGGUGGAUCACGUAGCAAAGCGAAAAUCCCUCUGGGGACAUGUUCCAUGCUAGACACGAGGUGUUGCUUGUUAUCUGUGGUGCAAUCAACUGUUCUUCUCAAUGGCUAGUGUCCUGAGAUAAACACUGUGCUUGAACUGCAGGCACUGAGUUUCUUGUGUGAAACAAAACUGCUACAAUUGGGCACGUGAGUAAAAAUGAACAUUCUGGGUUUCUUCACUACUGAUGCUCCGUGCACAAUAUCUUGUUGAACUACUUACUGUGCCUGGAGGGUGGACUUUACUACUGGGAGUGGAAACUUGAGUACCAGCUGAGAAAAGCAGUCAGCAGAAAUGAACUGGAGCAGGGUGCUCUGGCUUGAGUGUGCCGCUGUCUCAGUCACACGUUUGUGUAUGCCACUGGAUUACUGUAUGUCUCCCUGAAAUGCUUGUCGUGUGGUGGAAAUAAAUACCAUGUGAUUUUUCUA